AUGGACGUCACGCGGCAGAAUUUCGAUGAGGUCGCCAGGGAGAUCGAGGCGCUGCUGCCCUCUGUGGACUUCGUGGCCAUCGACGAGGAGAUGACCGGCAUCGGCCUGCCGGGGGUGCAGGAGGCGGUGGGAGACACUCCGGCGGAGCGUUACUCCAAGAUGAGGACGGUGGCCUCGUGGUUCAACAUCAUUCAGUUUGGCGUGGCCUUGUUCAGCAAGGAUGCGGAAAAGAAGUACGUGGCCCGUGCGUACAACUUCUACGUCUUUCCGGAGAAGGGCUUCAUAAAUAUGGAGGCGACCUCGAUCCACUUCAAUUCCAAGAACGGGGUGGAUUGGAACAAAUGGAUUCGAGAGGGGGUGCCUUAUGUGGACAAGGAGGGGGCUGAGAAGUUGCGGGCGGCUUUGCCCAACGCCAAGGCGGAGCCGUCAUCGCAAACUCAGCCAAACCAGCCGCAAGGCGUCGUUUUAUCGAAUGCCCGUGACAAAGAGAUCACGAGCAAGGCCUUAGAGGAGCUGAACAAGUGGCUCGCAGACGAGAGCCGCACGGAGGAGAAGGAGUUUGAGAUGGUGACCACGAACGGCUUUUUGCGGAAGUUCAUCUACCAGAGCCUGGAGGAAAGCUUCCCAGGUCUAACUGUCGAGAGUCGGGUCACCAAGAGCCCGGGUCUCAAGACGAUGGUGGCACUGAGGCUCGACGACGCAGAAAAGCGGGCAAGGGAGCUGCAGCAGCGCUCGGAGCAAGAGACGGACUUGGCCCGAAAGCUGGGCCUACGGCGGGUGUUUUUGGCCCUGGCCAGCUCGAAGAAACCUUUGGUGGGCCAUGCCUUGAUCUUCGACCUCCUCUUUGCGCUCUCCCACUUCGAGGGGCCAUUACCAGACUCCUACGAUGAGUUCAAGGCCUCUGUGCGGGACCUCUUCCCCACUCUCUUUGACACCCAGCUGCUGGCAAAGAGCCGCCUGUUGAAGCCGAAAAAUGGGCAGCGCUUCCACAGCUACGCGCUGGGCCAAGUGCACGCAGUUCUGAAGCAGGAAAAUGAAGCCAAGACCGAAGCCGAGACUGUGGAGAUAGUCCUCGCGGAGGGCCACCAAGGCUACGGAUCCUCCGCCCGGUUCCACGAGGCGGGCUACGACGCCUUCGUCACCGGCUGCGUCUUCGCCUACAUGGCGGAGACGGCGGGCCUGAAGGACGCCGAGGCCCGGGAGGAGUUCAACGGGCGGCUGGUGUUGUUCCGGAACUUUUUCCACAUGAACAUCCACGGGGACGACGAGCUGGUGACCCCUGGGGCGUAUCUCCACAUCUCCGGCAUCAAAAGCCAGGCUUCAGACCUACAGGAGCUGCUCCAGUCCAAGAUCAAGGAGCUGCCGCACUCCGCCUCCGACUCCGCCGAGUUUGAGGUGAAGCGAAUCGAUGGGGACAACGCCUUCGCCAUCUUCCCAGAGAAAGCGCGAGCGGUGGUGGAAGCGCUUUGCGAGGAGAAUUGUGAGACUGCGGGCUUGAAGUUCAUGCUCGGCGAGCGCUGGCUCGACAUGAAAGAGAACCCGGAGCCACCCCGAAAGCGGCCGCGGCUGCACUGA